GUCACCGGCAAACCAGACGGCGACAACAUGGCGGAGCGGAGGAGACAUAGGAAGCGGAUCCAGGAAGUUGGUGAGCCGUUCAAAGAGGAGAAAGCUGUAGCCAAAUACCUACGUUUCAACUGUCCAACAAAAUCUACCAACAUGAUGGGCCACAGAGUUGAUUAUUUUAUUGCCUCAAAAGCUGUGGACUGCCUUUUGGAUUCUAAAUGGGCAAAAGCCAAGAAGGGAGAAGAAGCCUUAUUUACAACUCGAGAGUCUAUAGUUGACUAUUGCAACAGACUCCUAAAGAAACAGUUCUUUCACCGAGCAUUGAAAGUGAUGAAAAUGAAGCCUGAUAAGGACGCAAAAAAAGAGAAAGAGAAAGGGAAGACUGAGAGUGGGAAAGAGGAUGAGAAAAAGAGCAAGAAGGAAAGUGGCAAAGAUGAAAAGACUAAGAAGGAGAAAGAGAAGGAAAAGAGAAAGGAUGGUGAGAAAGAAGAGUGCAAGAAGGAUGAGAACCCAGGAACACCCAAGAAAAAGGAAACCAAGAGAAAAUUUAAACUUGAGCCACAUGAAGAUCAAGUUUUUCUGGAUGGAAAUGAGGUGUAUGUGUGGAUCUAUGACCCAGUUCAUUUUAAAACAUUUGCCAUGGGACUUGUUCUUGUGAUUGCGGUUAUAGCUGCAACUCUCUUCCCGCUUUGGCCUGCAGAGAUGCGAGUAGGUGUUUAUUACCUCAGCGUAGGCGCAGGCUGUUUCGUAGCCAGUAUUCUCCUCCUUGCUGUUGCCCGCUGCAUUCUCUUCCUUAUUAUUUGGCUGAUAACUGGAGGAAGGCAUCACUUCUGGUUUUUGCCAAAUCUGACAGCAGACGUGGGUUUCAUUGACUCCUUCAGGCCCCUGUACACACACGAAUACAAGGGACCAAAAGCAGACUCAAAGAAAGAGGAGAAAUCAGAGUCCAAAAAGCAGCCGAAGUCUGACAGUGAGGAGAAAUCAGAUAGUGAGAAAAAGGAAGAUGAGGAUGGAAAAGUCGAAGCAACAGGCAACUCAGGAGCAGAUGGCUCUGGAGGGGAGCGGCAUUCAGACACAGACAGUGAUAGGCGUGAGGAUGACCGAUCCCAGCAUAGUAGUGGAAAUGGAAAUGAUUUUGAAAUGAUCACAAAAGAGGAACUUGAACAGCAAACUGAUGAAGGAGAUUGUGAGGAAGAGGAGGAGGAGGAGGAGGAGGAGGAAGAAGAAGAAACUAGGCCUUUACAUGAAAAAUCCUAACUCACUAUAGUUUUGAGACUGAAUAUGUGCAAAACAAUUGGAUUUUCUUCAUUGGCUGAUCACCAAAAUGUAGUUACAGUAACAUUCUUUCCAUUUGUUUGCUGAAAUACACGUUAUCCAAACAGUUUUAUAUCUAGUUUCUUCAUUUAAAAAAAACUAUUAGCUUGAUUACUUGGUACAAUCUGAAGUCAUUAAUACACAUUUACAAAAGUUUUGUCAAUUUGACAAGUUUUCUGUCAGAUCCUAUAAUUUGUCUAGAUAGUCCUCAAACCUUCCGAAGAACAUAGUUUCCCUAGUGUCAUUUUCUGGUACUUGCAUAACUUUUCAGUAAGUAUAGCCUACUCAGAAUAGCUUUGUAAAAUGGUAAACGUUGAAUGACCAAAUCUCACAUUAUUCCUAGUAUAUUCAUUUGAUAGCUAGUUAAGUAAAGCACUUCUUAGCUCAUGGCUCUCUUGACAUUUUCCUUGAUCUUUAUAAAAUUGUAAGAAAGAACUUUAAGACAACUAGUUUUAGCAGAAGGUAAUUUUAAAGUAUUUUGCUAGACAUACAAGCUGGUAGUGCUUAUUUGGCUGCAGUGUUUUCAGUUGUGUACAAAUUGUGUACCACCAACUUAAGAAAUCCAAACUGUUUUGUACAUCUGGUUCAGAGAAAGAUGUCAUCUCGAGGAGGCAAAGGGAACAGCAUAGUUUGGAAGCUAUGGCUGUCUUCUUUUCCCCCUCACUUCCCCCACCAUCAUAAUUCAAG